UCUUCGCUCCAGACGAUCUUUGGCGGUGACGCUCCGGAAGGAUGGGGCGGGCAGAGUGGGACCUGCGCCGGGAGAUUCGAGCCCUGUUCCCGCGGACCUGACUUUAUUGACACCGUUGCGUGGAGUGGAUGUCCACCACAAGCCCUCCACAGCCAGAGCAGCCUGAUUUGGAGCCAUGGUGCCGCCCGUCGUUGCAUUACCGAGCAGGAAUUGCGGCUCUUAAACCGUCACUUCUUCCAGGCAGAUGGAGGCAAUGGAGGUAGACUCCCCUGUGGAGAUACAGGAAGGAGGCAGCAGACGGCCACAGGCAGCUGUUGCAGGCCAGGCCGAGAAUGCCAACGCACCACUUGUCAUCUCAGACUCCGGCAGCAGUACCGAGGUGGAGGACGAAGAACAUGAUAACAAUGGGGGACAGGCGGCAGCUCGGCCACCUCCCAGGCUUCCCGCGACCUGGGCGUUUAGUCAGAGGGCAGUGAGCAGGACUGCAGCCACGCCAUCAGCAGCUCGGGGGGCACCCAUGCGGAGGAGAGUCAGGCAGGGCCUCAGAGUGCACUACCCCAGCCAGACGGCAGCACCUUCCAGAGGCUUCCCUGACUUUCUGCUGCGAGCGCCGGCUGCCAGCGUGGCUGAGCCAGAGUCCGGCAGCACCACAGAGGUCAGCGAGUCGGAUGAAGAGGAUGGAGCAGUGGAAGCGGGGGGGGAAGAGGGUGCCUCGGCUGCUGUGUUACCUGUUGACCCCGCCCCACCAACCAUUUCUCACCUCAACGCCUCCAUAUAUCACACGCAGCCACAGGAUGUCAGCUCAGCCAACCCCAGUUCAGCUGCAGAAAAUGAGAGGACAGAAAAUCGACAUCAGGGCGCCAAGUUGGCCUCGGAAACCUUGGCUUCCGUUCUGUCAUCUCUGAGUGAGGAGAGUGAAGGCGACAACUGCACCAUCUGCUUCGAGGCGUGGACGACGGCGGGCGAGCACAGGCUGUCCGCUCUGCGCUGUGGACAUCUCUUCGGCUACACCUGCAUCCAGCGCUGGCUGAAAGCUCAGGGUUCAGCCGCUAAAUGUCCACAGUGUAACAAGAAAGCGAAGCGUUCAGACAUCGUGCUGCUGUACGCUCCAAAGCUGAGAGCGCUGGACAACUCUGAGGAGGAGAGCUUAAAAAAGUCUCUGGAGCAGGAGCAGUCCCUCAGAAGGAAGGCUGAACUGGAGUCAGCUCAGUACAAACUCAAACUACAGGUCGUCACCAGCAGAUAUGGACAAGUAGAACAAGAGCUGCAGGAGCUGAGGUCUCUAAUGGCUCAGGCUGGUAGAAGCUCGGUUCCCUCUUCCUCCUCGGGGUCAGCCGUACUCCUCGGCCUUACUCAGAGGCAAGAGGGCUCCAGGAAGGCCCAAUACAGCUUCUCCAAGGCAAUUUUAGUGUCUCAGGCUGGAGGCUGUAGGGUUUUGUCAUACUGUGAACCUCUGAGUUGCCUGCUUGCCUCGCAGCCUUCCCCACAAGCCACAUUGGUGCCUGGUUGUGGGGUGAAGAAGGUGAGUGUGGUGAACAUGAAGGCGAGUCAGUACGUCCCCAUCCACAGUAAACAGAUCAGAGGUUUGUCCUUCAAUAGACAGAAUGACAGUCUGCUGCUGUCUGCUGCCCUGGACAACACAAUCAAACUGACCAGUCUGUUGACCAACACAGUGGUUCAGACCUAUAAUGCAGGCAAACCAGUGUGGAGCUGCUGCUGGUGUUUGGACAACAGUAACUACAUCUAUGCUGGUCUGAGCAACGGCUCGGUGCUCGUCUACGACACCAGAGACACCACCACACACGUCCAGGAGCUACAGCCGCUUCGCUCCAGGUGUCCAGUGGCAUCUCUUUGCUAUGUCCCGCGGGCAGCAUCCAGCUCGUUCCCCUGCGGCGGGUUGAUCGCAGGGUCUCUGGAGGGCGGGUGUUUCUGGGAGCAGGUCAGCGAGGCCACAUACAGACCCCAUGUCCUGCCGCUGGAGACAGCUGGCUGCACCGACAUCCAGGUGGAAACAGAAAGCCGUCACUGUCUGGUCACAUACAGGCCAGGACGUUCCAAUCCAUCUCUGCGCUGUGUCCUGAUGGCUCUGAACCGAACGCCUCAGCAGGACUCGAGUCAGCUGCCCAACUGCUCCUGCUCUCCUGUGCAGACGUUCAGCGCCGGCUCGUCCUGUAAACUGCUCACCAAGAAUGCCGUCUUCAAGAGUCCAGAUGGAGUAGGAACACUGGUCUGUGCCGGGGACGAGGCCUCAAACUCUACCAUGGUGUGGGACGCCAGCAGCGGCUCUCUGCUCCAAAAGCUUCCAGCCGACCUCCCCGUGUUGGACAUCAGUCCAUUUGCGAUGAACGGGGAGCACUUCCUGGCCUCGCUGACAGAAAAGAUGCUGAAGCUCUACAGGUGGGAGUGAACCAGGAAACAAGGACCAGACACAGUCCCACAGCACAAGGACAGAAUCUGACUGUGCUGGAAAUUGAAUGCUGCUAAACCUUUGUCUGCUUGUUUACACAUAAAACCAAACAAACUGGUUUCUGCAACUAUUGACAUUUGACCCGAGACAGAACGCCUCUGUCAGGUGUGUAUAGACACACUGAGGUUCUGCUGAACUGUGAUCCCAUACAAAGGAAUAUGUUUGUUAUAUUUAUACAAGUCUGAGGUCGAGUUAUUAAUAUUCUGCGUGUGUGUAUCGAUGUGUCUCUGUCCUGAGGUCCUGCAGUUUCCCAGUUUCAACACUGGAGCUGAUAAAGGUGAAGAUGGUGAUUUUCUCUUGGUGUCUCUCAGGUGUGUGUUGGUGUUUUGGUUUGAUCAUUGUGAUACUUUGGUAUCAGCCCUGCAGCUAAAGCACCGACUACAACUACAAA